UCAACAACUAUUUUUAUUAGGAUUUUAAUUAGUGAAAUAAAUAGAAGUGUAAAACGCUGUACGUGUGUGUGUGGGGGGGGGGGGUGUAUCUGGGCUAUGUUUGGAAAUACCAUACAGAUGUUAACGAUAUUACCGCGAUUACUAUCAAAAUCAGUGUAUUGAUUUCGUCACAUAUGCCUGAAUAAGCAAGGCAAAAUAAUACAAAUUUGCUACACCAAUCAUCGUUAUUCAUAUUGUCAUUCGUAUUCAUAGACAAUACCAAUAUAAAGAGACCAUUGAUAUUAUCUGGUUAGAAGGAUUAAAUCAUUGCGCUUGUUAACACUAAUGUAUUAUUAUUAUAGCCGUCAGAGUAGUACAGUACAAUGUAAGGUUUUGAAUUUAAUGCUACCAAUUUUACCCAAGCAGAAUACUCUCAAUUACCGAUUUAGCGAAAUUUCUAGCGAGUUCAGGUAUUUAAAAAAUCAAGUUUGAUAUAUCUGUCAGUUGCUACACAAAGAAUUAUUUCAUCCGUAUAAUUUGGAGUAUAUAAUGACGUCAUUAAAGAAAGUGUGUAUUGCCAUAUUUGGUAUGGGAAGAAUUGGACAAGUCCAUCUUGAAAACGCAGUUAGUAACCCCAGAGUGUGGGUUAAGUACAUUAUGACGACCAAUUAUGAGAAAACACUACAAAUAAAGCAACGAUAUCAUAUUGAUGAUUCUGUUGAAAUCGUACUGUCUAGUGACGUCGGCAAAAUAUUAGAAGAUAAAAGUGUUGAAAUGGUAGUUAUUUGCACGUCAACUUCGCAUCACGUUGAAAUCAUACAAGCAAGCUGUAAGGCAGGUAAAGCUGUAUUUUGUGAGAAGCCUAUCGCACUUACAUUAGAUGACGUCACAUCAUGUUUUGCUUCUGCCCGAGAAAAUGGACAACUGCUGUUCUGUGCCUACAACAGGCGAUUUGAUCCUUCAAUUCGUGAUCUAUAUAAUCGUGUGAAAUCCGGGGAAAUCAAAGACAUUAUAUCAAUCAGAUCAACAAAUUCGGAUCAACAGUGUCCACCAAUGAGCUACCUUAAAAACUCAGGCGGUUUAUUUUUUGAUUGUGCAACCCAUGACUUGGAUAUAAUAUGCUGGAUUAUGGGAGAAAGUCCAUCCACGGUCUACUGCCAGGCGUAUGCGUUAAACCCAGACGUGGCAGCUGUUGGAGAUUACGACACAGCUGGAAUCAUGAUGCAGUUUUCAGGAGGCGCUAUCGCAUAUGUUGAUCUCGGCCGCGAAGCUAUAUACGGUUAUGACCAGAGACUUGAGGUGUUUGGGACUGCUGGUAUGUUGCAGACUUUAAAUCUUUAUCCAACUUCAGUCCAGUCACAUGAUCACAAGGGACAUUCUAGUGGCCAAAUUUAUCAAGCAUGGUUAUCCCGCUAUAAAGAAUCAUACAGAUUAGAAUUUGAGCAUUUUCUUGAUGUUUACCAAGGGAUCGAACCUGAGCUAGAAGUGUCCGAAGAAGCCUGUAUCCUGGCAAUUAAGCUGUCAAUGUGCUGUGAAGAGUCUUUACAUUCCGGUGGCCCUGUCACUCUCGAGAUGGAGUGACGAUGUGGGCGCCUGCCUACCAACUCACGUGUUUAUGAAAAGAAUUUAAAUUUAGUCACCUCUGUCACGUUCAAGAUGAACAGACGAUGUGCUUCACCAACUCAUUUGAAUUUAAGCGCCUCCGACUAGUUGGAGAUACACUGAUUUCGUGUGACCUUAUAUAAUAUAUAUAAGGUAUAAAAUAUUUUAUAUAGGCUUAAUAGAUCGAUCAUUCCAUGGAUUAAUCGAUCAAAUGUUUUGGUUUUGCCACAUGAUAAACUUUUAGCUAAUUGUUUUGCCAUAUUAAUUUUUUUGAACAGCUGCGUAGUGCUCUAAUGAAUAUUUUGCAAGUUGAAUUGAAUUUGGCAAGUACAAAUAAUAGAGGAUAAUAUCAUUGCGUUUGAGAUUUUUUAAUGCGGUACACUUUCGUAAUAAUGAUAAUAAAAACAAUAAAAAUAGCGUCAAUGAAAUAUUAUUAUUGUUAUGAUUACAACAAAAUGAUGAUUAUUUAGACUAAUAGUUGAUGAAAAUAUUAUUAAAUAUUAUUUUAUAAAUCAUCUUAGUAAUGUAAUUAAUGUUCGUUAUUUUUACUAUCUUUUCUUUCCUUUUAGUAUACUAUUUCAUUUUUGUUCUGUUACUACAUGUAAUUGCAUAUUUAUUGCUAUUUUAUAAGCAAAGUAGUUAUGUUUAGUCACCCUCGAUUUAUUUAGUAGUGCAUGUUCUUCCCCUUCAACCUAUUUUUAUUUAGAUUCAAUAUGUAUACGUGCAUCUAUGUAUAUAUAGUAUUUUGUCAAUGUACCAUUGCCUUCCAAUAUCUACCUUGAACCUCCAUUAUUUAUUGUUACUUGUUGCUAUUAUUAUAUCUUUGGUAGUACUGUAUACUGAAU